UUUGUGUCUGGGCACACUUUUGAUUCUCAAGAAAUGAAAAUAUAUUUUUUAAAACAAAUACAUCGAUACGCGUGAUAUAAAUCGAUAGAACAUCGCAAUUCGUGUACAUGCAACGUUGCUGUUCCCACAUAGCGCAUCAACCAAAUAUUUAUUUCGCUUACUUUUGCCUAUGUGAACAAAUUCUUUAAAAAAUGCAUGAAGAACAAACAGCAGAGUGCCCAGUGUUGCCCAGCCAGUUGCUUCGGCGCUUUCUGCAAUGCAUGGAUGAUGGUCAAAUACGCAGAGAGCUCUCUGAUGAUUGUAUUUUAUCGUUGCUUGGACGCAACGUAAAGGGUAUUGGAUCUGUAACAAGCUAUUUGCGCACACAAAUCAUAGGACGCUUUAAUCAUAUGGACUUUUUGAAUGCACAGCGCUGUACUGAGUCGGAGGAAUUGUUGCUUAAAGAGCGUUUCGCACGCAGCUUUCAAGUGCUACGCAGUCGACUUAAAGAACCAAAAAUAUUACCAACAUCGGUACAUUUGCGUGCAGAGAGUGAUGAAGAAGAGGAGCAGGCUGCAAUUGCUACAUGUACCAAUCAGUUGAUAACACCUCCACGUGCAUCUACACCGGCUAACAGCACAGAGUUGAUGGACUUCAUCACUGCCAGUGGAUCAUUGCAGGCUUCUCAUAAGCAAAACGAUGGCGGCAUUGAACUAGGCGAAAACUGUCGGGUGUCGUUAACUUUGGGCUAUCGCUGCAAUUCACUCGUAUGCAUAAAUGAAAGCUCCAUAGACAUUUGUCUGAUUGUCUAUGAGAAGUUGAAGCCAAGAACUCCCGGCAUGCAGCGUCAUUGGCGGAUUCGAAGUCCACGUAAUGUAUUAACCGACGAUGAGAGCGAGGUGCCGGCACCACGUAGCGUCCGUCGCACGCUAUUCAGCAACGAUUGCGAUGAGGAUUCAGUGCAGUCGGAAAUAGAUGAUAAUCCAUCGCCUCUGCUGCCGCGCAAGCGUCAGCAUAAAGCCGAUUCAAGUAUGAGGAAAACCAAGCGUUCAACGGUACUUGGCGGCAUGCGCUUUUAGGGAUGCUCCAAUGUUGGAUUCAUUGAUAGCUCAUCGGAUUUCGCAUUAGUCCGUGGUGUACCAAACAUAAUUAUACAAUUCAAGCGACGCCCAUAUUAGAAGUUGCUUGCGAAGACUGAGUCCAGUCGCAAAGAAUUUACAUAUACAAACAAAUAAUGUUGUCUACGAUGGACUAUUAGCGUACUAAGUUACUUAAAGCAUAUACACUUAUUGUGUAUAUCGAAUUUAAAUAAUUAUAUUUUUUGUAAUUUGUUAGGUGUUAUAAAAAUAAAAAUAGGCAAUUGGCCAGCAUGCUCUGUAUGCGUAUCC